AUGCCGUCAUUCGGAACGAAACCCACCCAGACGUCAGCAGAUGAUUUUACGCCUGCAGCCAAAGAUGGUCGAAUGGUUUUUGGAACUCCACUUCCGGACCCAAAGACUGAAUUGGGCGUUUAUCGUCUACUCUCUCCCUCUGCCGGAGUCAAAGUCUCCCCUAUUUGUCUUGGUGCUAUGAGUUUGGGAGACCAGUGGGUCGGUUACAUGGGUUCUGGGGUAAAUUUGGAGAAGAGUUUGGAAUUACUCGAUGCUUAUUACGAGGCCGGAGGUAACUUCAUCGAUACGGCCAAUAAUUAUCAAGAUGAACAAAGUGAAAUGAUCGUCGGUGAAUGGAUGGAGAAGCGCGGUGUAAGAGAUGAUAUCGUCUUAGCCACUAAAUACACAACUUUCAUGUUGGACCGUAAAGAAGGUAAAUACGACGGUAUCAGGGUUAACUAUGGUGGAAACUCGAAGAAAUCUCUGGUGCUCUCUGUAGAGGGAUCCCUCAAGAAACUUCGUACGACUUACAUUGACCUUCUCUAUGUUCACUGGUGGGAUUACUCUACCAGUAUUCCGGAAUUGAUGCAGUCGCUCAAUGAUUUGGUCAGAAGUGGGAAGGUUUUGUACUUGGGAGUAUCGGACACCCCAGCAUGGAUCGUUUCCCAGGCCAACGAAUACGCUCGUCAACAUGGACUAGCCCAAUUCGUAGUGUACCAAGGUCAAUGGAGUCUUGCCGACAGAGAUCUUGAAAGAGAAAUCGUCCCUAUGGCACGUGCCAACGGUAUGUCCAUCGCCCCUUGGGGUGUGUUUGGUGGAGGAAUGUUCCGUACUGCCGAAGAGUUCAAAGCGAGGGAGAAUAGUCUUCGUGGUGGACAGAAACCCUCUGAGAAACAACUCCAAGUCAGUAAAGUUCUUGAAGAGAUAGCAAAGGAGAUUGGAGAGAAUGUCAAGUUGACCAGUGUCGCCCUCGCUUGGAUCCGUCAAAGAGUAACCGAUUGUUUCCCUAUCCUAGGAGGAACUAGUAUAGACAAUUUCAAAGCCAACGUGGAGGCACUCAAGAUCACUUUGACUGAAGAACAAAUGCAGAAAUUGGACGAAGUCUCUCCAUGUGAUUAUGGUUUCCCAUACGCUUUGUUCGGACGUGAUCCUCAUUACCUUCCAGGAGGAAAACCCAAUUCAAUCUUGGUCAAUGCUGUGAGUCAAUUCCCAAUCCAAUCUCGUGAGUGA